AUGGUGCACAAACAUAGUGUUGCCGGGUACGAUGCAUUCGUUGCAUUUAUGAAAGACUUCAACGGAAACGGUGGCGCGAUCAAUAUUCUUUUCACCGGUGCAAAACUUGACAACGGCCAGAGCUGGUGUGGGGACUGUGUCGAAGCUGCUCCGUUUAUCGAAACAGCAGUUAAUACAAGCGCUCCGGAAGAUUCGCAUUUCAUCUACGUCGAUGUAGGCGAUCGACCGACAUGGAAAGAUAUGAAUAAUCCCUUCCGGAAGGAUACGCAAACACAUCUUUCCGUCAUUCCCACGCUGAUACGAUGGAAGAAUCCGCAGCGCCUCGAGGGAGAGCAGUGCGCCAAAGCUGAUCUGCUUGAACUGUUCUUUUCGGAAGACGAUUAAA